AUACGCGUGCCCGCCAGCGAGGAUGCUGAGGCUGAAUCAGGCUCCGCGUAUUGAGGUCAGAGGCAAGCGUUGCCAUGGCGACCGGCUCGGGAGGAGGACACUGCGGCGCGCGCACCAAACGACGGCGGGGGCGUGCCGGCGAGGACGAGCACACGUGGGCGCGCACCGAGGCGGUCACUGCAUCCACAGCAGCCGCAUCAGCAGACACCACACUCCGAACAAACAGCACCGUGGGACCGCAUCGUGCACCGUGACUCUUUUUUUUUUUUGGAGCAUUUUGACGCCCCUUUGGAGGGUUGACUUUGAGGGUUUAUCGACGACGUUUCGUAAGGGAAAAAACGCUGAGCUGUGUGAUCACAGGUGACUUCUCCGCCGAUGUCAUUUCCGCGUCCAAAUUGGUCGAAGGUUCUACUGUGGCUCAACCUGGCCUCCGAUUGUGCCCGAAGCGAAGCCACCAGUGAGACGAUGAAUGAAUGAAUGAAUGAAUGAAUGAAUGCUCGAAUGUGCUGCCGUCCUCCUGGAGACGACGGAGGCUCAACGUGCACGGAUGCACUAGAACAUCCUCGUGAUUAGCAUCUUUCUAUUAUUAUUAUUAUUAGUAUUAGUAUUAUUGAUGCUCUGUUUUCAUUGUCAUGAAGUCCCACCUGCUGGCCCGCUGUUCGACUGAAAGAAGGAAGGACUGCUUUGACUGUCAAAGGCUUUUAUUCAAUUUUUGUAUAUUUUUGUAGUUAGCAGUUGCUUGAAUUGGCUUUUUGAGGAGGGCAGAGGACACACAAAUAAAGGACAUAAGAAGGACCCAGACUUUCCACCAGCACUCGGGGACCUCAAAUUAACAGAGAUAAAAGCUGAAGGAAGACACACACGAUCGGAACCACCCAGAAUGCCCGUCGGCCUGCUCAUUCCACCUCAGAUGGUCCUGAAAAGAUUAAAAGGAGCGUGCCUGUUUUCCAGCAAGUGCUAACGCAGGUGAUGUCACCAGGACAGGACAGGACACAAGGAGAUGGACCGUACCAGGACCAUGGCUGGGGAAGCAGCUGAGAAAGCCUUGCCUCCGCACUGACCUGGCUCCCUCACAGAGGACCGCCCACCCUCUCCAGAGCGCUCCUCAUCCAUGUGCAUCCUCCACAUGACCUUGGCCAGAGAAGCUCCUUUUGUAUUUUUUAUAAAGGCUGCUUGUCGCUUCAGUCAACCAUUUUUGGACUCUGCUGCCUUUUGAUGAUCACAUCAUCAGCAGCCAUGUUUUUAUUUCUAUUUGCUAGCAAAGAAAAGAGAAGGAGAUCCCUCAUGGCAGACUGGUGCUUGGUGGGCCUUGCUCUCCUCUUGGACCUGGCCUUCAGUCAAAAAGUGGACCCCUCCAAGCACCCUGUCGUCACCACCAACUACGGUAAGCUCAGAGGGAUCAAGAAAGACCUCAACAAUGAGAUUCUGGGCCCAGUGGAGCAGUACCUGGGCGUGCCCUAUGCCACCGCCCCCAUUGGUGACCGCCGCUUUCAGCCGCCCGAAGCCCCGGGCUCGUGGCAGGAGAUCCGCAAUGCCACCCAGUUCGCCCCUGUGUGCCCCCAAAACGUGCACGGGGUACUGCCGGAGAUCAUGCUGCCCGUGUGGUUCACAGACAACCUGGACGUGGCGGCCGUCUACAUCCAGAACCAGAGUGAGGACUGCCUAUAUCUCAACGUCUACGUGCCCACCGAGGAUGGUCCGCUCACAAAAAAACAUGAUGAAACUUCAGCCAACAAGCCUCGAGAUGAAGACAUACGUGACCGGAGGAAGAAGCCGGUAAUGCUGUUCAUUCACGGGGGCUCCUACAUGGAAGGCACCGGAAACAUGUUUGACGCCAGCGUGCUCGCCGCCUAUGGCAACGUCAUCGUGGUGACCAUGAACUAUCGUCUUGGUGUGCUGGGUUUUCUCAGCACGGGCGACCAGUCGGCCAAAGGCAACUAUGGCCUGCUUGAUCAGAUUCAGGCACUGCGCUGGCUCAACGAGAACAUCGGCCACUUUGGAGGGGACCCGGAGAGGAUCACCAUCUUUGGGUCAGGAGCUGGGGCGUCCUGCGUUAACCUCCUCAUCCUGUCACACCACUCGGAGGGGCUUUUCCACAGGGCUAUUGCCCAAAGUGGAACAGCCAUCUCCAGUUGGUCGGUCAACUACCAGCCCCUGAAGUACACCAAGAUCCUGGCCCGCAAGGUGGGCUGCACCUACACCGAGACUGCUGACCUGGUGGACUGCCUUAGACGCAAGAACUUCAGGGAGCUGGUGGACCAGGACAUCCAGCCGGCUCGCUACCACAUCGCUUUUGGCCCUGUGGUGGACGGGGACGUGGUGCCCGACGAUCCUGAGAUCCUCAUGCAGCAGGGGGAGUUUCUCAACUAUGACAUGCUGAUUGGUGUCAAUCAAGGCGAGGGGCUGAAGUUUGUGGACGACAGCGAGGACAAUGAGGGCAUCUCAGCCGCGGCGUUUGACUACACCAUCUCUAACUUUGUGGACAACCUCUACGGCUAUCCUGAAGGCAAAGACAUCCUGAGGGAGACCAUUAAGUUCAUGUACACAGACUGGGCAGACAGGGACAAUGGCGAUAUGCGGCGAAAGACCUUGCUCGCGCUGUUUACAGACCACCAGUGGGUGGCACCGGCCGUGGCCACCGCCAAGCUCCAUGCCGAGUUCCAGUCCCCCGUUUACUUUUACACCUUCUACCAUCACUGCCAGACUGAGACGCGGCCCGAGUGGGCUGAUGCCGCCCACGGAGACGAGAUACCAUAUGUUUUCGGAGUGCCCAUGAUCGGCGCCACAGACAUGUUCCCGUGCAACUUCUCCAAGAAUGACGUGAUGCUGAGCGCCGUGGUAAUGACCUACUGGACCAACUUUGCCAAGACUGGGGAUCCCAACUUGCCGGUGCCCCAGGACACCAAAUUCAUCCACACCAAGCCCAACCGCUUUGAAGAAGUCAUCUGGACCAAGUUCAACUCCAAGGACAAGCAAUACCUUCACAUCGGCUUGAAACCCCGUGUCAGAGACAACUACAGAGCCAACAAGGUGGCGUUCUGGCUGGAGUUGGUCCCCCAUCUCCAUAAUCUGCACGACGAGCUGUUUCCAACGACCACCCGCUCACCACCAGGCCCCGGCCCCGGUACCCCCAGAACCAGAACUACAGGCCCUCGCACAACUCACCGCCCUUAUCCUACCUUCCCUUAUGACCCAGAGCCUGAUAGUUCUGAGCGUCCACCUCGGGUUCUUUUUCCCGGAGACACCCGUGACUACUCCACUGAGCUGAGCGUGACAGUCGCCGUGGGAGCAUCCCUCCUCUUCCUCAACAUCCUGGCCUUUGCCGCCCUCUACUACAAGCGCGACAAGAGGCACGAGAUGCGGCGCCACCGUCUCUCUCCUCAGCGGGGUGGCCCCGCCAAUGACCUGGCCCACAGCCAGGAGGAGGAGAUCAUGUCCCUGCAGAUGAAGCAUUCCGAGCACGACGCUCACCACGACAUGGAGCCCCUGCGGCCCCACGACAUCCUGCGGCCCUCGUGCCCUCCUGACUACACGCUGGCGCUGCGCCGGGCUCCAGACGACGUGCCUCUGAUGACGCCCAACACCAUCACCAUGAUCCCCAGCACCAUUACCAGCAUGCAACCCCUCCAUGCCUUCAACACCUUUCCCUCCACAGGCCACAACAACACCCUGCCACACCCCCACUCCACCACCAGGGUAUAGUACGAGCUGACCCUACACAGCAGCACCCAAGGACCAGGAAGUCUGGCCGUGCUAAACAUCCGGAAGUCCCCUGGAUGUGUGGUUUGGUGACUCUCUAGUUUCUCCAAGAACUACUCCACCUCCUCUGUAAUGCGCUGCCAAGCUUAGCAGCGCCCUCCAAUGGUGUUAUGUGGAGAUGCAACUUAACUGCAAGGCAGCAAGGUGACCAGUUUAGGAGAAAUUACUCUUUUCAAGGAGGGUUUUCAGACCAGAGCCCCUUGCCAUUUCUUGAAGGGACCUCUCGCCUUUUUAUUUUUUAUUGCAGUGUCAUCUCUUUUUUUUUAUUCCUGUGUGUGUGUGUUAUUCUUUUUUUCCCAUCAUCUUAGGCCUGCUUUUGACAUGUGACCCUCUCUCCAGUACUCCAUUGGUCUAAGGCUUUCUAAAGGGGGGGGUCAUCUUUUACCUUCUACUUUUAGUCAACCAGCAUUCUUGGUGCCAAGUUCAGUGUUUGCAUUCUGAUGAAGAAGAAAAAAAUACAAUAUUUACUGUCCACUAACAAAAGUGACAAAAGUGCCAAAUUGGCCCUUGAUUGUGUUUUUCUUUUCUUUCACCGCUUGUCUCUUUCUUUCAAACAUGUCCUUAAUUGUUGUUUUUUAUGUGCAAAUGACUUGUUUUUGCUGAAAAUAUAGAUAUAGAGAAAUUAUAUAUAUAGUUAUAUACAGUAUGUGUACAAAGGAGAAAGUCUAUUGUUGGGUUUUUUGCAAUUGGGGAACUAUGCAUGAAUUAUUUUUAAAUAGAAGGAACACGAGGAUGGAGGACACUGUAUCCGCACGAUUCCCCCAAAAUCAACAACAAAAGCGUUCACCUGUUUCAGGAAAAAAAAAAAAAAGCUUUGGUCUUCAUCUCCUUCAUCUUUCAUGUUGAUAUUUAGACAGACAAGCUUCUGUUGUGCUGAUGCAACCAGCAGCAAGCCCAUUCGUAUGACUGGGACUGCCUUUUCUGUGCCAUCGUGCUUUUGUAUCUAGCACGUCCACCGUCGGCUUCCUGUGUGCCUGGUCCAGACUGGGUUUGUGCACCGACCCGAAGAGUGUGUAAUAUCAUAAUGUGGGGAGGGAGACAGGCAUGAUCUUCCCACUCGUUUUCAUGGUUUCCUAAUUGGGCUACUUCCUCACAGUGAAGGUUUGGGUGAUAAGGCUGAAAGCACACAUAGGGCCUGUGUACGCGGAACCAGAACAAAAGGGAGGGUGGUGGAAAGUGUGCCGUAUUCUGCCCUUUUCUUGGUGGUGUCGUUGCUUGUGCGCUAGCCUGUUUGAUUUCUUCUUUGUUGUAUUCCCCUCCGUCUGAGAAUGUUGCAAACAAGGAGAUAUGUGCACAAUGAAAACACAAAGCAGUCGACUUGGAUGUGCUUCAGAAGCCGACACGAUGGCUGCCAAGGAAAAGAGACUUUGCAGACAGCCUUAAAUAAGUGGACUCACCGAUGCAACGCUUAAAAGGCACGGCCAUCUUUGUAUCUUAUGUGUUUGUUGAGAUGAUACCUUUGCUAUUCCGUCCUCUGGAUGAUCCACGCUUUUAAUACCCCUGCGAGGUCAGAGUGAGCAAGGGGCCAUGAGGUGACACGGCAGGACAAAGCAAACAGCUGCCUUUGGAGUUUGGGCUGUUUUUAUUCCUUGUCUAUUUUAUAAACUGCCACUGGAGGGCGCCUCCGCGACGGAUGUCUACAAUGGGGAGAUGAACACAAGACACACAAAACCUGCAAGAGAAUCAAAACUGUACAUUUUUAAGUGUAAGAAUCAAACAGAUAGAAAUAUUUGUAAAUAUUAAGUUUCUUGUUAGUUUUUAUCUUUUUUUUUGUUUGAGUGAAUGAAUGAAAUAAAAUUAUUUGUGACGACAAAAGACAACAGGUGCAGUUUGCAAAGAAAGGGCCACCAUCUUAAAUGUAAUUUGUUGUCAUACCACUUUGGGCCAUGUGGACAUUUUGUAGCAUUCCACACUGGAAAGUCACUGUAGCAGAAAUGCAUCAUGCUGGUUUGUUUGAAAAAAUACUACUUUGCUUUAAUUACCAUCUUUGAUUUUCCCGCAAGCUUUUACUUUGGAAGUACACCUCCAGAUUAAAGCAUAUAUGCAUAGAUUUGGGAAUAUGUCACCUAAAAACCAUCUUUGCCUUUCUGCCAGUUAACCCACACAAUGGGAAGGUGAAGGGAACCUGCCAGUGGUUCAUGGUGAAAACCUUCAAAGCGAGACGAGGCCCUUGAUUAGACGUUAGCUCACUUCCCAUGUAGUCAUGUUUACAUGAAGCCACUUUAAUGUGGGUCAUGAGGGCUUUGAUACCAUAAGAUGCCUCAACACGUAUUAUUGAGAUCUUACAGUUAUGAUGUUACCGUCCGCACACUGUGUUAUGUUAAUGAUGAAGGGACUAUGUUCAUACCAUGAACAAAACAAAGUCAUCGAAUGGAAGCCAAUGGUACCUGCAAGCACACAAUAGCAAACACACACCCAUUCUAUCUGUCUAUACGCAUGGACUCCCUGCUCGUAUUCCGAUGCAAAGUUGCACCUGUUGUCUACGUUAAUUUUUCAAAUCAGAAACCCAAGAAUUGAGUUGAGAAAAAAAAAAAAGUUGCAUAACGACAUUUUGGGGGAAAUUGUGAUUUUAAAAAGUAGAAAAAAAUAUAAUUGAGGUGAUGAUGUUUCUGUUUACUUUAGAGGUUAUUAUCCACUGUAUGCUGUGAUUCUGAUCUGGGAAACAUUAAAGACGUUCAUAGCCA